GUAUCAAUUUUUAUAGAUGUCAACUGUUAAUUCAGAAAUGAUAUCAAGUGUUGAUUCAAGUCGCACUUUCGUACUUGGUAAAAGACGAAAGAACGAACAAAAUGUCUAUGACUCGUUGAUACGUUACCAACGUGCACAUCGAUUCGCAAGAAUAAUGAAACGAAGGAUUUAUCUGCGCCGCAAGGCUGCAUGGGAACGAGAUGACCCAGAAGAGACGUUCAGCUUAGACUCUGCCAGUAGUAUUGCGUGGGACUGGAUCGAGCAGACUGCUCGAGUGUUGGAGGAUCUUAACGUACCCAUUGGCAACUAUCCCCGACUGGCGUCUCAGCUGCUUCGCAAGGAAGCCUACGAGUGGUGGAAGAGGUCUGAUGAGAGUGCAGGAACCCCUAAGCCAUGGACAUGGACACAUUUCGAAUGGGCAUUCAAACAAGAAUAUAUUCCAAAACGUUUUAGUGAAGAAAAACGUAAGGAAUUUGUCGAAUUGCAACAGGGAGACAUGACACUCCCCGAGUAUCGUCAAAAGUUUACCAGUCUUGCUAAGUUUGCACCAAUCUUGGUGAGUACCCCAACCGAUCGCAUCGAGGAAUUCAGGAAGAAACUUCGACCUGACCUUAGGUCGCGUGUGUCCGUCCUAACCACCGUGGAUUUCGCGGAGGCCUAUGAUCUCAUAGCCAGGGCAGACAGCGACUUGAGUGCUUGCAUUGAGUAUCUGAAGACAAAUAAU